AUGCGCCAAAAAGAUCUGCAUGUUGUAAUUUUGGGCUUACAGCUAGGUGAUUUAGUUUGGGGAAAAAUGGAGACAUUUCACAAAUGGCCUGCACUCAUUACCUGUGAUCCAAUUUGUGGACAAUUUGUUUAUAGUGAACUUGGUUACGAGGUUCAGUACCAUGUGGAAUUUUUAGGGGCAAAGCAUUCACAUGCUUGGAUUAAGGGAUAUUGUAUUGAACUUUAUAGUGAGACUGUCUUUAAGAAUGAUUUGUCAUCAACAAAGAAGAGCAAAAAGAAGAAAAGUCAAAUAAGCAGAAAUCUCAAACAAUACAAUCAACUUCAAAACGCCAUUAAAGAAGCCAAUGCUUUGGUUGAUGUUACAAAUAGCAGGAGAAUGGAAUGUUGUGUUUUUGAAAAUGCAGAUGGUAAAGCAUUAUUGGCCAAGUCUCAAAGGAAAUUCACAGAAUAUAUGGAAUUUCCAAUAAACAAAUCAACAAACAAAACCUGCAAUAAAAAUGAUUCCACUAUUGUCCAAAUUUGCAGUAAGCCAAAUAGAUGUUGCAUACAGCAAAACAGCCCCAGCAAAACACAAAAUUCUAAUGAACAGACAGAGCCAUUUCUGAUGUCAUGUUAUAACAAUACAGAAUCCAAUAAUUCUUUGCUGACUCUCACACCUCAGCAAAGAUUAAGUUUUGACAUUGAGGUUUAUAAAAAAAGUGAAGUUGCAUUUACAGUUGAUCUGAAACAAUUUUUGGCGAGAAAUAACUUACAUCUGGAAAACACAUAUUGGGAGAAUGUUCCAGUUAACACUUAUCAAUUGUUCCAGGUUGUUAAUGAAUUUGGUGGCUAUGAAAUGGUUACUCAAAAGGCAAAAUGGUCAAAUAUUUACCGAGAAAUUACCAAUACAUACGAGAAAUACAAAGGCAAGCUUGAAAAGAAAGACAAAUCCUUUAUCUUAGAAAAGAUUCAGAAAAAGCCAAAAAUUGUCCAACAUAAACCUGAUGAUGAUAUAUUUUGCUCUUUGUACCAAAAGUUUGAAGAACUGGAAAAUGCAAACAGAAUGUGUUAUUUUGAGGAAGAGAUCAAGUCAGCCCAGAAAGAACUUGGAAUAUGCAUUCGAUUCCAUGAUGAACCAGCUCCUGUUUGCCCGUUACUUGAAUAUAAAUUUCCUUUGAUAGAUUCAGCAUUUUCAGAUGAUAGCCAGGCCCAGAUAGCUGAAGGUUUCCAAGUUCCUGAUAUUUUUGCCUUUGAGAGCCAUUUGGAUAAGUAUUGGACACCUAACAGCAGCAAUCACAGUAAAACAGACCCUGAUAAUGCAAGUAUAAAUUUGGAAGAUUUGCAUGACCUUAGGGAUCAGAUAGAAUUAAUAAGUUAUGAGAUCAAUCAGUGA